UUUUCUUACUUCUUUUCAUGAAGGCGGUAUGAAGAGGAAAUGUACUGGUGGCAAGUAGAGGAAGAGCAGUUAUACUGGGAAGAGCAACGGCGUCGGAUGGCUGUAGACUGGCAUCCACCCCCGCUUAUGGGCAGGCCUGGCAUGGCUGUUCCACUUUUCUUGUCUACUAGAUGUCCAGAUUCUUCAAAUGACCGUCACAUCAUGACAAAGCACUCUAGUAUCUACCCAACAGAAGAAGAGCUGCAGGCCAUCCAGAAAGUAGUCUCCCAUUCUGAACGUGCACUUAAGCUCGUCUCUGAUUCAUUUACAGAGCAAGAAUCUGAAAAAAAGGAAGAAAAUGAAGAGAGAGGAAAAGCAGACGAUGUGCCCCGAAUUCUGAAAGGUGUAAUGCGAGUUGGCAUUCUGGCAAAAGGGCUUUUGCUUCGAGGAGACAGGAAUGUUCAUCUGAUCUUAUUGUCUGCCCAGAAACCUACGAUCUCUCUCCUCCAGAAUAUCACAGAGCAGCUGCCUAAGCAACUUUCAGUAAGGACAUUAACUGAGGACAAGUAUGAAGUUUCAUCUGAUGCUGCAGAAGCGACUAUAGUCAUCUCAUCAUGCAAGGAACCAAAAAUGCAGGUCACAAUUUCAGUUACAUCUCCCCUCAUGAGAGAAGACACUCCUGUUGACAAAGAAGCCGCAACAGAAUCGCAGCCUGACCCCUGUGAUGUUUUGAGCCAGCAUAAAUGUCUAGAAUCGUUGGCUGCCCUCCGUCAUGCUAAAUGGUUCCAGGCUAGAGCUAAUGGACUGCAGUCUUGUGUAAUUAUCAUCAGAAUUCUGAGAGACCUAUGCCAGCGUGUACCAACCUGGGGGGCACUACCAGACUGGGCAAUGGAACUUCUUGUAGAAAAGGUUUUAAGCAGCGCAUCAAGCCGUCUAAGACCUGGUGAUGCCAUGCGACGAGUUCUCGAAUGUGUAGCCACAGGAACACUCUUGAUGGAUGGACCUGGACUACAAGAUCCCUGUGAGAAAGACAAAAUGGAUGCUUUAGAGACAAUGACCAGUCAAGAACGAGAAGAUGUUACAGCUAGUGCACAGCAUGCUUUAAGAAUGCUAGCUUUCAGGCAGAUACACAAAGUACUUGGAAUGGACCCUUUGCCGCCUCCUAAAAAUAGACUUAAUGAACGCAACAGGAAAAGGAGACGAGACGUCAGUGAGACGACAGAGGGCGAGGGCGACGGGAAGAAAGACAAAAAAGAGGAAGAUGACAGUGAUGCCUAACCACUGCUGUGGCAGUCAUCAGGACAAAGUUCACAUUGCUUUAAUUUUUAAUAUAGAAGCUGCUGUUUCGUCUGACAUUUGACAAUUGUACUAUUUUUUUCCUUGAAAUAAUGUAUUGUAGGUGUUUUAAAUGGUGCUUAAAUCAUUGCUGAAAUUGCAUCAUUCCACAGUGGUAAAGUUGCUCUGGCAACAGUUCUUCUUCUUCUAUUAUGUCCCUUCCUAUCCACCCCACUACAAAAGAAAGUACCCAUAGCAGAACAGGUGGACUAAGGCAGGCAUUUUUUUUAAAUCUGACAUUUCUUGUAAGCUCAUAAAUGCCCCAUUACAUGUGAUGCAGGGGUGUCAAACUCAGCUGCUAUCCCAGGCUGGAUCCAGAUCCAGAAGCUCUGGCCCCCGCCAUGUGCCAGAGCCAGAGCUGCCACUGCUGUAUGCCGCAUGCCAUAGUGGCAGCUCCAACUCUGCCUCCACCACAAGUCACACAGCAGGGUACUGACAGCUGGGGAGGUAGGGCCAUGGCAGUGAUGACAGGCAGUGCAGCUGUGGGGGGUGGGGGGCAACUGGAGCUCUGUCAGCCCUUGCUUGCUCUCCUGCCACUGAUCGCCAGGCCCACCGAGGUCUAAGAGUCCCGGAUUCUGCAGCAGCCUGCUUCCCCAGCCCCCCACCAGGCAUUGCCCCAGACCUGCUGGUAGCCCAGCAGGCUAGACAAAGGAGCUCUGUAGGCUGGAUUUGGCCUGCAGACUGCAAGUUUAACACCCUUGAUGCAGAGAAAAGCACAGGGUUAUUGUAUUAGUGUCUUUAAAGAUGCUUCCUUGUUCACUUUAGAUUUUCAGCCUCAAAUUGGAGUACAUUUGUAACCUGAUCCGGAGUGUCUGAAUGGACAAGAUUUUGGGGGUUGGGAGGGGCUCUUGCACUUUAUGAGCUCCCAUUUUGGAGCAGUACAGAGGUACAUAAACCAUUUUCUUAGCUAUUUUGGGGUGGAAAAAAAAAAGCCAACUUAUAAGUGACAGUUGGGAGUGGAAAUGAACCUGCAGAGAUAGCAAAGCAUUAAAUAUUUAAUUGCCUUGGAUUUGCAGUUCUCCAUUAGACAUGGUAUGCUUUAAAACAUCUCUGUAACAUGCUACCUAAAAAUGAAAAAAUAAUAGUUUCUCUUGUUUAGUACUGUGGUUAAAAACUUUGCAGUUUUCUUUAGAGAGUGUUAAAUAUCUUCCAGCAGAAAUGGCAGCCUAAGUGCCACAUUAAACCAUCAGAAGUGGUAACAGAAUCAGAGCGCUAACUUUCUAAUACAUGUUGUUUAAUAGUAUCACCUAACCACAGGGAGAUUCUCUGUGUCUCAAUGAGUGCCUUCUAAAGAGAAGUGGCCAGGACUCUCACAAUGAAAAGCUAUUCCGUAGUGUCUGAGGACUUUUCCUUUCCUUUCCUUUCCUUUUCUACAGUUUUAACUCUUGUCAGUUUGUGCAGGCAGGAAUCUCUCAAAAAUAGAAAAUUCCAGGCACUGAUGGACUUACUGUUAUAGUCUACCACUUCACAAAACCUGAUGCUGAGCAAAUGAGGGUGUCUUUAAUUCCAUAGAGGGAAAUGGGGAUAAAGGAAUCGGUCUUGGCCCUUGGGUGGAAUUCUCUCACUCUUUAGAUGCCUAAAUGGCACUGAAUAGCUGUGUAAAUGGCAUUUUUGGCAUGUAUGCACAGUGUGCAGUUCUGUUACCAAUGUGUCUGCAUGGCUACUGAGAGUGCGUAGUAGUGUAUGCACUAGCCAGGCAGCAAA